UCAGGCAGCUCAGAAGUGAAAGUAACUGACAGUCUGAACCGUCAGCGUCGACCGGAGAGAACAUGGCCUCUAGCUCGGAGGAAGACCUCUCGUGUCCCGUUUGCCAGGACAUUUUCAAAGACCCGGUCGUUCUGUCGUGCAGCCACAGCUUCUGCCGGGCCUGCCUCCAGUCGUGGUGGGCGGAGAAGGAAACACGACCGUGCCCGUGCUGCCAGAGGAAGUCAUCGAGGACCGACCCUCCUCGCAACCUGGCCCUGAAGAACCUGUGCGAGGCCUUUCUGCGGGACGAGGAGCAGCGGGCGGCGGCAGGGUCCGAGCACAUGUGCAGCCUGCAUGGUGAGAAGCUCAAGAUCUUCUGUCUGGACCACCAGGAGCCGAUCUGCGUGGUCUGCCGGGACUCCAGGACUCACAGAGACCACCGGUUCAGCCCCAUCGACGAGGCGGCCCAGGAACUCCGCCAGGAGCUGCAGAGAGACCUGACCCCCCUACGGGAUAAGCUAACGCUCUUCCAGCAGGUGACGGGGGACUGCCUCCUCACAGCAGACUACCUCCCGGUCCAGGCCCAGGAAACCGAGAAGCAGAUCCGGCAGCAGUUUCAGAAGCUUCACCAGUUCCUGGAAGAGGAAGAGAAGGCAAGGGUGGAGGCGCUCAAGAAGGAGGAGGAGCAGAAGAGUCGGCUGGUGAAGGAGAAGGUGGAGGCUCUGACCCGGGACAUGGACGUUCUUUCAGACACAAUCAGAGCGACGGAGACGGAGCUGACAGCCGGAGACGUCUCGCUGCUGCUCAACCACGAGGUGGCGACCGGGAGAGUCAAGCAGGGCCCGGUUCUGCAGGACCCGGAGCCGGUUCCAGGGGCUUUGAUAGAUGUUGCCAAACAUCUGGGCAACCUGACCUUCAAGAUCUGGAAGAAGAUGAAGCACAUGGUGCGCUACAGUCCCGUGAUCCUGGAUCCAAACACCGCCGACCCGGAGCUCGUCGUGUCGGACGACCUGGUGAGCGUCACGUUCGGGGGGUCGCAAGAUCUGCCGAGCAACCCGGAGAGGACCAGGUUCCCCGGCACCGUCCUGGUCUCCGAGGUGGUGGAGUCAGGGACCUACAGUUGGAUAGUGGAUGUUGAAGGCAACGCUGACUGGGAGGUGGGAAUGCUGGAAGCCGAUGGUGGCGACACAGCGGAGCCGCAGCGGUGGAGGAUUUCACUCAAGGACGGUAGAUACAAGGCGUUGGCUGGAUCGGGCUCGGAGCAAGACCAGCAGGGGGUGACGCCCCGGAGGAUUGGGGUUUAUCUGGACUUCGACGAGGGGAAUCUGUCGUUCGUGGAUAUUGAAACAGACACAGUCAUGCACACCUUCACGCACAGGUUCACGGGCGUGAUGUUUCCUUACAUAUACACCCGGAGCUCAGACCCAUUGAAGAUCCUGACAUUCAAGGUUGCCGCCAAGGUAUUGAUUUAG